GGAACAGGCCAGGCCGCGCGUGGUGUUGCCAUGGGGACGAGCGGCCCCGGCUGAAGGUUUCCAUGCUUGGAAACCGCGCCUCCGCGGAGGUAGCAAUUCCCUGACCUAGCCAUGGCUCAGAACACUGAAAACCACGACCCUGUCGGAUCCAUCUUAAUCCAGAUCCAUGAAGACCUUUAUCAGUUAAAGGAGGAAUUAACAAAAUUCUCACCUGAGGAAAAAGGAGAGACUCUAGACAUUCAGAGUCUUGAAACAGCAAUCAAAAGGACUGAAAUGGGGUUAAAAGUUACUUCCAACUGUAAUUGAUCAGAAAUCAUUUAUUUUCCCUCAGGAAUCUGAGGGUAAACUUUGGCGAUCCCAAAGACAGCACAGUUCAUCUCUGCCUGUCUUUCCAAGAGCAAAGGGAUUUUAAGUAUGAUAGAACGAGGGCUGAUUCCACCAACAGCAAGGAUUACCUUUCAGAAUCCGCCCAUUACACCCAGAGCAGCUCCCCUGCACAGUUUUGAUGAAGCACGUAAGAUUCCAACUGCAGCCACUUUCAGUGUACCUCGGGAACCACCACCAUCUCCAGCAGAGGUGAAGUUCUUUCCCAAGAAACACAGAUCAAAGGGGAAAAGCAGAAGGCCAAGAGGACAUCAUGAUAGGAAGGCCAUGAAAGUGACAACACCUUCGAGAGCCCUGAAAUCACUGUGGGAUUAUGACUUUUUAAUUUAUGAUGGUGUCAUAGACAAUACAGCCCCAGACUUCUUAGCAUUCAAGGAACAUUUUAGCUUAGCUUGGGGAGGUAUUUUUUCUCUCUUGGAACACGUUGAGAAGUUUCUCAGGAACUAUGCAAUACCAGAAGUCAAAAUAAAAGGGAAUAAUUUGGUGGCCCUCCUUCCAGAGUUUGAGCUGAAGAAUAAACUUACCAGAUAUGACCUUCUAUCAGUGUUAGAGGACCCAGCUCAUGUCCAAAUGCUGAUAAAUCUUCCAGGGCAAAGGUACAAGGGCCAAGAUGGAAAUUCGGAGGCCGCCAUGAAGAUCCAAGCCACAUGGAAAUGCUACAAAGCAAGAAAAUUCUUCCUCAUUUAUCGCCAGCAGAAGUGGGCCUCAGGUGUGAUUGCCAUUGCUUGGCUGUUACAUUGCCAUAAGACUCGACUAAAGAAGAUACUAAAGGAAUCACGUCAGAGACACCUGGAGAAUUUCCACAUUCGAGCCAAGCAUCUGGCAGCCAACUGGAAUCGCAUCAGGACCUCCAGGAGGACUAUUAUCCAUAUCCCAUCAUUAGGGUAUUCCCAGCCUGUGAGAGAACAUAUUGCCGAUUUCAACACACAGCAGAACAUGCAGCUGGGGAGGCUGUGUGACAUCUUAGAUGCCAAUGUGAACGUCAUCUACAUCUGCUCCCAUCAUAUGAAUGAUGAGUUAGUGCUGUAUUACAAAAGAAUCCUAAGUCUACAUGCAGCCGUCAAAUCGGGGAACCUUGAGGACAGAAGUGACCUGCAGGACAGGUUCAAAAUUAUCACCCCUGAAGCUGUAAACAUCUUCCGUAUGAUAGAGCAGCUGAGUCAGCUGAUAACUGAUCACCUGCAAAUACAGCGCUGGCUCUUUAAAAUGGACUCUGAGUUCCGAGGAAAUGGGACUGCAUUUUGUGAUAUUCCUUCCUACCUAAAGUGCUACAAAUGGGUGCUAAAGGAGAGAAGCAGAUAUGGCCUUGAGGACUGGAGAAAGAAAUGGGCACAAGAGCCAGCUUUGGUGAAGAUCUCCGAGGAGCUGGCGGGCAUUUUAGCACAGCACGCACAGCCAGUCAAUGAGAAACGGUUCCCGACGUGGAGGAAAUUCCUCCAAACAUUUCUCAGUCAAGGGGGUGUGAUCGAAGCAUUCCCACCUGCAGACAGCAUCACCAACCUGACAGUGGACAUGCUGAUAGAGCCCAACGGGAAAAUCAGCGUGCUGUCAACAGGGGACCAGCUUCAUGCCGACAGCCCCUUCAUCUCCUCUGGUACCACCGUGCCUCAGACCUCAGUGGAUCCCCAAGUUCUCACUUAUUUGUGCCUCCAAAUUGGAAAAGCCUGCAGAAUGAGAGAUGUGGUUGGUUACUUUUCUAUAGAUCUGGUGACUUUUAUUGAUCCAAGCACCUUGGAACAGCAGGUGUGGGCAACGGGCCUUAACCUCGCAUAUAGUGACCAGCUGGCCCUGACUCAACUCACCUUAUACCUGACAAACGGCCAUCUGGAUUGCAGUUUGAGCACCCUGGAAGUGCCCCGCUUUGUUCCAAAGGAAAGGAAGAAAACCAACCGCAUUAGUGCGCUCUCAGUGCCGACGCUGGCAACCAGUCGUUAUGCAGUGAUGACCACCCAGCUAAGACACAGCAAUCUCUCACUGGUUUUCCACUAUGUUUUUCUCCAGAUCUGUAGGGCCCAUGGCAUUGGCUAUGAUCUGGAGGACAGGCAAGGAACUGUUUUUAUAUUAUAUGAGCACAUGAAGAGACACAAGUUGGGAAUGUUAACAAUCGGCGAGGAUCUCCAGGGGGUCCUCAUGACCUUUGCUCGCAAUCUCUUCAUCAUCCAUCAAGAAAUAUCAGCACCUAAUAUGCAAGGCGAGACCAAUUUUAAGACCACCAUUGCUGAUAUUGAAACUAUUCUAAGAGUAACAAAGGAAAACAAAAUGAGAUUUGAAGAGGAGCAACAGUCCAAAGAUGAUAAAAAUCUCUCUAAACCCAAGAAAUGAUCCUGGAAUACAGUACAUAACAUUUUGGAUCCCAGUCUGGAAUAAAAAGGGCAAUUUUUUUUUUUUCUGUUAGAAAUAAAAGCCAGGGGAAAUUGGUUUGCUUUGUGUGCUAGGAGGUGAAUCAGAACAGAUUAUAAUGAAAUGCUCUUUUUAAAACAUUGUUUAUUAAGUGAUCUUAUUUUACUUAUUAAACCAAAACUUAUUUGUGUUUUCAUUUGAGAGUGUUGAACAAUCCUUUCUUCUUCUCAAACUCAGAAAAAAGUCAUCUGAUAAAAGAAGAAAGUUAAAAGUCUUACUGAUAUCACCUCCACAUUUACUUCCUCACAGGUCUCAGGAUCAUGCAGCUUUUAUUUUUUAUGUUUUAUAAAGUUUUCCCCUAUUUCUAAUAGUUAUUCUGCAUUUAUAGGUUUGAAUAAAGGCUUAAGCAUUGCUAUUUGUCAAAACACAAAUACCUUUUUUUCAAAGCUUCAAAUUAUAUUGAAAUUAUAUUUAUAUGAAUUUUUCAGUGACUAUCAUUCAUCGUGUUUUUGUUAUACGAAGCCACUAUUGUCUGCUAUUGUUGCCAUUUUUCAAAAAGUAGGAUAAGCCAGCAUCUAGUUAACCAAAGCAUCAGAAUGUAUCUAGGUGGCAGUAUUUGCUCUUAGUUUCAGAUGGAGUGUAACUCGAGCUCUGUAGCUUGAAUAAACACUUGUAUUCUCUAGUUCUCCAAUUUAAUACAGCAACGGGAUUUUUUCAAGUUUAGUUCAACAUUACACUACCUUUAAAAAGGCUGAUUGUUAAGAUUAGGUAGUGCUGACACUAACUUUCAGCAUUCACUUCAUAAUUGUCCAAAAAUAUUUCUACAUCAGUGAGCUUUACUGAAGGGGGAAAUAAAAGCAAAUUACAACACCAAAACUACGUAUUGUUUUAAAUAAUGACCUUUAUAAAUAUUUUAGUGUAUUGGGAAAAGGAGGAGGAUUUUUGCCUGUGGAAUUUCAAUAAUUUGUUGACUGUGCUUCAGCCACAGGCUAAGAGUUUCUGUAAUAAAAUUAACAUUUCUCUGUGU